AAACUAGCCUCUCGCCGCAUACAUUAUUUGGUCGUAGUCAUGACCGCGCGUGUGUUCAUUCGUAACUCGUUUCCCGCGAUUAUUUCAAGAAAAAAACAUGUCUGGUCUAAUGAAAAUGUGGUCAGAUCGCAUUGUAAAGAUAUUGUUAUACCGGAGUGUACUGUGAACGAGUUUGUUUGGCGUAAUUUGGAUAAAUGGGCGAAGAAAACUGCUACGGAAUGCGCUAUUACGAAUAGAAGUUACACGUAUGGCCAGUUACACAAGUUUAGCCGAACUCUAGCCGCCAACCUAAGGAAGAAGUUCGGAAUAAACGACAGAGAUACGGUGGGCGUCAUAUCUCCUAAUUCACCGGAAUACCCUAUAGUUGCAUUAGGGGCGUUGGACGCAGGAGCGACGCUUACUACUUUUAAUCCUAUUUACACGCCAUACGAAAUACAAACUCAAAUCCAGCAAUCGGGAGUAAAACUAAUCUUUGCUCACCCCGACACAAUAACAACAGUAAAAGAAGCGUUGGUACUAAGCAAGAAGCAAAUACCAAUCGUCUGUUUGGACUCAGGAGCCACUAGAGUUGAGGGCACGGUAUCAUUCAAAGAGCUUAUAGAAGAUAAUCAUGUGGAUUUAGACAUUUUGAAGAAGGUUAACGUCAAGACAAGUGAUGUUGCGUUCUUGCCGUAUUCGAGUGGGACUACGGGUAUGCCUAAGGGAGUGGAGUUGACUCAUAGGAAUAUUGUGGCGAACUGUGCGCAACAGGAUACAGAAUUGAAGCAUUAUAAUCCUGAUGCUCCAUACCAAGAGAACCAACUAGUGGUGUUACCCAUGUACCACUGCUACAGCCUGAGCAUAGCCAUGGUGCACAAGCUGUGCGUGGGGAUAAAGCUGCAUGUGCUACCGAAGUUCCAGCCCGAUACCUUCCUGAAGGCCAUGCGGAAUAAUAGAAUUAACAUUUUGUAUGUGGCACCACCGAUGGUGCUGUUCCUCGGCUCGCACCCUCAAGUAACUGCUGAGAUAUUCGACCACAUCACUUGCAUGAUGAGUGGCGCUGCGCCGUUGGCCCAGGCCGAUAUCGACAAGAUGUUUGCCAAAGCUAAGCGGGAGGUGGAAUUCGCUCAAGGCUACGGUUUAACAGAGACCUCACCGUUGGCUACAGCAAAUUCUCUCGGAGCCAGGGAUUACACGACAGUAGGCAGUGCUCUGCCUAACGUGGAGCUACGCAUCGUGGAUGGAGAAAUGAAAAACUUAGGUCCUAAUGAAGUGGGAGAACUAUUAAUCAAAGGACCAAACGUCAUGAAGGGAUACAAGGACAAUCCUGAGGGCAACAGGCAGGUGUUUGCGGAGGACGGUUGGCUGCGGACUGGAGACCUUGCAUCCAUUGACGAGAAGGGCAGAGUCAUCAUCGCUGAUAGAUUGAAGGAACUGAUCAAGGUAAAAGGAUACCAAGUACCACCAGCGGAGCUAGAAAAUGUGAUAAAACAGCAUCCUGCAGUUUUCGACGCAUCCGUUAUUGGUAUUCCUGAUUCUUACUCAGGAGAGAAGCCUAAAGCCUUCGUGAUGCUGAAACAAGGGGCAAAUGUGACUGAUACUGAACUUAUGGACUUUGUUAACAAAAGAGUAGCGCCCUAUAAGAAGAUUGAAGUUUUGUCGUUUAUCGACAGCAUACCGAAAAGUCCGUCUGGCAAAGUGUUGCGGCGUGUGCUGAAAGAUAUGUACAGUAAGAAAUAAUA